GGAGCCGAGCCUGGAGUCCCCAGCAACUGGUUCUGGAUUCGAGGCUUGGACAGGCCGGCACCCUAGCCCGGCACUCGCGGUGUAGUUGUCUGCGACGUCAACCCGUGGGUGGGCAUCCGCGUGCAGGUUCUGGUGGCCGAGUCGGGUGUGCACUUACUAUUUAUAUGCAAGCACCAGAGUGCGUGCGCGAAGUGGGGGACGUCCAGGUGGCAGCGUUUCUGCAGCCGGUGGCCUGGGUCCGGCAGAGAGAUGGGCGCACACCGCCACUCUGCGGCGGCCAGCGGCGUGGCAUCCUACAGAGAGGCUAGUGCUCAGGGCCUGGAUUUGCCACCUACUUGCCCUGCUCUACCCCAUCCUCAGAUCUCCCGGGACCAGAGAUUCUGCACACUGGCCUGGGUCCCUACGCCACUCUGGGGUCCUGAAUUUUCUUCCUGAUUAUCGUCUUCGCCUUUGUGCUUUUGAUCCUGCCGUUCCUUCCUCCAGAAACAACCUUCCUUAUUCUCCUGGUUUACCCUUUUGUUAUUGUUGUUGUUGGAUAGGCUAAAUCUACAUUUCUUUUAAUUGUUACGGAUACUUAAUAGUUGCAGAGAAUUAUGGAGAUGCAUGUAAUGUUUUGAUACAGGUAUAAAAUGUGUAAUGAUCAAAUCAAGGUAAUUGAGGUAUCCAUCACCUCAAGCAUUUAUCAUUCCUUUGUAUUAGGAACAUUCCAAUUCCACUUUUAGUUAUUUGUAUUUUUAUUUUAUUUAUUUGUUUGUUAGAGACAAGGUCUCCUACUUGGUUGUCCAGGGUGGAGUGCAGUGGCAUGAUCAUAGCUCACUGCAGCCUCAAAGCAAUUCUCUUGCCUUGGCCUCCCAAAGUGUUGGGACUACAGGCCUGAGCCACCACGUCCCGCCCAGUUAUUUUGAAAUAUACAAUAAAUUGGCCGGAUGCGGUGGCUCACGCCUGUAAUCCCAGCACUUUGGGAGGCAGAGGUGGGAUGAUCACUUGAGGCCAGGUAUUGAAGAUCAGCCUGGGCAACAUAAUGAGACUUCUGCCUCUACAAAAAUUGUUUUUAAAAUAAUUAAUUUUAAAAGAUACAAUAGGCCAGGCGCGGUGGCUCACGCCUGUAAUCCCAGCACUUUGGGAGGCCGAGGCGGGCAGAUCACAAGGUCAGGAGAUCGAGACCAUCCUGGCUAAUACGGUGAAACCCCGUCUCUACUAAAAAAUACAAAAAAUUAGCUGGGCGUGGUGGCGGGCGCCUGUAAUCCCAGUUGCUUGGGAGGCUGAGGCAGGAGAAUGGCGUGAACCCGGGAGGCAGAGCUUGCAGUGAGCCGAGAUCGCACCACUGCCCUCCAGCCUGGGAGAGAGCGAGACUCCGUCUCAAAAAUAAAUAAAUAAAUAAAUAAAUAAAUAAAAUAAACAAAAUAAAAAGAUACAAUAAAUUAUUGGUAACUAUAAUCGUUGUAUUGUGCUACCGAAUACUGGAUCUCAUUCAUUCUAACUGUAUUUUUGUACCCAUUUCCCCCCCUCCCCAGUACCCUUCCCAGCCUCUGGUAACCAUCAUUCUGCGAUCUCCAUUUUGCUUACUCUUUUUUUUUUUUUUUUUUUGAGAUGGAGUCUCACUCUCGCCCAGGCUGGAGUGCAGUGGGGCAAUCUCGGCCCACUGCAAUCUCCACCUCCCGGGUUCAAGCGAUUCUCCUGCCUCAGCCUCCCGUGUAGCUGGGAAUACAGGCGCGCGCCACCACGCCCGGCUAGUUUGUGUAUUUUUAGUAGAGAGGGGGUUUCACUAUGUUGGCCCGGCUGGUCUCAAACUCCUGAUCUCAGGUGAUCCGCCCGCCUUGGCCUCCCAAAGUUCUGGGAUUACAGGCAUGAGCCACCGUGCCCGACCGUCUUCCAAAACUGAGCUGUGAUGUCCCUCCUCCAGAACACCUGACCACAGGACAUGACUUUUUUUAAUCCCCAGUGCCUAAGUGUCUGGAGAGCUGAGUGUGUUGCCUCGGAUCGGCCAGGCCUGGAUAUCAGCGAACAGAUGCGGAUUUCCACCAGGGGGCGCUAGGACGCCACGACCUUUCACUAUGUGCACCAGGGGGCGCUGCCGCCCGCCUUGGCCAUCCCGGGCUGGGAAGUCCGACCCUUGGAUUAAGCCCCGCCUGACUGGGAAAGGCUCUGAGAAACUAUUUGCAUGAUCUUGAAAGGGCCGUGCUGAAUGGUUGAAGUAGGAGUUGGAGAUGUGCACCUAAAGGACGCUCAUUUGGGGACGCACACAUCUGGCACUGAGGCCCUCGCCACCUGCCUCUCCACCUACCGAGGCCCUGGCGACCCUGACCCCACCACGCUGCCUUGAGAGUCGCUCAAAAGUAGGGCCCCAGGGCUCGCAGCAGCAUGGGCACCGGGAAAGAAAGCCCAGAGCCCGACUGCCAGAAACAGUUCCAGGCUGCAGUGAGCGUCAUCCAGAACCUGCCUAAGAACGGUACUUACCGCCCCUCCUAUGAAGAGAUGCUGCGAUUCUACAGUUACUACAAGCAGGCCACUAUGGGGCCCUGCCUGGUCCCCCGGCCCGGGUUCUGGGACCCCAUUGGACGAUAUAAGUGGGACGCCUGGAACAGUCUGGGCAAGAUGAGCAGGGAGGAGGCCAUGUCUGCCUACAUCACUGAAAUGAAACUGGUGGCACAGAAGGUGAUCGACACAGUGCCCCUGGGUGAGGUGGCAGAGGACAUGUUUGGUUACUUCGAGCCCCUGUACCAGGUGAUCCCUGACAUGCCGAGGCCCCCAGAGACCUUCCUGAGAAGGGUCACAGGUUGGAAAGAGCAGGUUGUGAAUGGAGUUGUUGGGGCUGUUUCAGAGCCUCCCUGCCUCCCCAAGGAACCGGCACCCCCAAGCCCAGCUUCCCUCUGGGCAGUAACUGUACCAACCCCUCCACAGAGUCCCAUUCACCCAGGGACCUGGACUCCGAGGUUUUCUGUGAUUCCCUGGAGCAGCUGGAGCCUGAGCUGGUUUGGACAGAGCAGCGGGCAGCAUCUGGAGGACAGCGUGACCCCAGGAAGAGCCCCAUGCCCCCCGCAGAGAAAGAGGGGUUGCGGGGCAGCCCGCCAGGGCCCCAGGAGUUGGACGUGUGGCUGCUGGGGACAGUUCGAGCACUACAGGAGAGCAUGCAGGAGGUGCAGGUGAGGGUGCACAGCCUGGAGAGCAUGCCCCGGCCCCCUGAGCAGAGACGGGGUUUCACCAUCUUGGCCAGGCUGGUCUUGAACUCCUGACCUCGUGACCGCCUGCCUCGGCCUCCCAAAGUGCUGGAUGACAGGUGUGAGCCACCCCACCCGGUCUGCCACAGUCAUUCUUUGUGAUGCUCAGACAGUCACAACUUUGGCCAUUCGAGACCCUUUCAUACCGGAUCUUAUGUUCUUAUAACACGACCUGAUGAAUCUUUAAAAGCGACCUUGCUUUCCUGGUACAAGGCGCCCCACAUUCACUGCCACCUUCCCUGCCCCAGGCCUGGAAUCAGCCACUUCUCCAAGGAGCCUUGGCUCCUUUUUAGUGGAGAAUGAUACUUGGAAACUAAAAUCUGGGUACCCAGGGUCCUCAUUUGACAUAUGUGGCACAUCCUUAACAACACAGGUCUUCAGGUCAUACCAACGGUCAUUGCUUUGUGGCCCAGAGAAGAUGGCAUGGAAGCUGCUCCCUCUACCCGCAGCCCCUCCAGCCUCUCUUGACACUGGGAUUGCCCUGGGGAGGAAGAUGUGGGAGGGAGUUGGCAUUCAACCUGUCAGAACCACCUGGGGGCCACUUCCCUUCUAGUGGUGCAGACUUAGGGGCAAGGUCUUUCCAAUCUUCCACUGAAUUGGAAGCAGGUUCCUAGGGAGGCUGUGCUGAGGCCUAGACUGGCCUCUCACUCCCUGCCUCUUGGCUGCAGAGGCCGCAGUCCAGGCCCAGUGCUCGGCCAUGGCCCCUUGGGCUCCCGGGGCGCGCGCUGCUCUUCUUCCUCCUGUGGCCCUUCGUCGUCCAGUGGCUCUUCCGAAUGUUUCGGACCCAAAAGAGGUGACUGUCAG